AUGGCCCGACAGCUCCGGCACUUCGCCGCUCUUAGCCUUCUUUCAACUUUCAAGGUCACCCUUCAACUGUUCAACAGGCAGGUGGAAAAAAACCCGAAGCUGAACGAAACGGAGAAGUCCAUCCUGGUCGAAGCGCGCGCGGAGACGGUCUCCAUGGGCCAUCUAUAUAAGAUGAAAGCUGUGGCCUCGUUCUGCCUCUCCGAAGGUUUAAACACUGGGCCUUGA